AUGACUUGUGAACCCAUGUUGCUCUCUCCCCCAUCCAUUUAGGACAUCCUGGAGAACGACAGCAUCACCUUGGACUGGAUGUUCCGCUAUUCGCUUACCAACGACAUCGUCAAGGGGAUGCUUUUCCUGCACCACAGCGCGAUCGCCUACCACGGCAACCUGAAGUCGUCCAACUGCGUGGUCGACAGCCGUUUUGUGCUGAAGAUCACCGAUUACGGGCUGGAGAGCUUCCACCAGGCGCCCGAGACGGACGAUUCACACGCCCUCUUUGCCAAGAAACUCUGGACAGCUCCCGAGCUCUUGAGGUUGGACACCAGCACCUGUCCAGGUACUCAAAAAGGAGACGUCUACAGUUUUGGCAUCAUUUUGCAAGAAAUUGCCCUGCGCAGCAGCGUCUUCUAUGUGGAAGGGGUUGAUCUGAGUCCCAAAGAGAUUAUCAAGCGCGUCACGAGCGGGGAACAGCCUCCCUUUCGCCCCUCGACGAAUCUGCCCUCCAAUUUAGAGGAGGUGGUCCAUCUCAUGCAGAGGUGCUGGGCCGAGGACCCACAGGAGCGCCCGGAUUUUCAACACAUCAAAGGCAUGCUGCGGAAGUUCAAUAGGGAAAGCAACUGCAACCUCUUGGAUACGCUGCUGUCGCGGAUGGAGCAGUACGCCAACAAUUUAGAAGAACUGGUGGAAGAGCGCACACAGGCCUACCUGGAGGAGAAGCGCAAAGCUGAGGCGCUCCUGUACCAGAUUUUACCUCACUCGGUGGCCGAGCAGCUGAAACGAGGGGAGACGGUGCAGGCGGAGGCCUUCGACAGCGUCACCAUCUACUUCAGCGACAUCAUUGGCUUCACCGCCUUGUCGGCAGAGAGCACCCCCAUGCAGGUGGUGGCUUUGCUGAACGACUUGUACACCUGCUUUGAUGCAAUCAUUGAUAACUUUGAUGUCUACAAG